CCUCGCCACUACUUCGGCCGAGCCUGGGCCCGAGGGCGAGCCGGGGAGCACCCGCUAAUCGAGAGCAGAAAUGCAUAAAAGCACCUGGAAAAGUAGAAGACAUGGAAGAAGGAGCCAGCGGCAGAACCCUAGACUCAGACAACACAGACCGAACGAGAGGUGUAACACAGGGGCAGAGCAAAGCCCACAGGACUCUGACCAUGGCGAUGAGGAGGUCCCGUCAACCUCGUCCAGCACAGCUGGGAGUUCUUCUGUGCCAGAUCUACCAGGGUAUUACUUUGACCCCGAAAAGAAUCGGUACUUCCGCUUGCUCCCUGGACACAACAACUGCAACCCCCUCACGAAGGAGGGCAUCCAGCAGAAGGCAAUGGAGCACAAAAGGCUGCAGCUGCUAGAGGAAGAGGACAGGCAGACCAAGAAAAUAACCAGGAUGGGAUUUAAUGCCACUUCCUUGUUACAAAAAAGCAAGCUGGGUUUUCUCAAUGCCACCAGUUAUUGCCGUUUAGCCCAUGAGCUGCGAGUGAGCUGCAUGGAGAGGAAGAAGGUUCAGAUUCACAGCUCCGAUCCCUCCGCUUUGGCAAGCGACCGAUUUAACCUCAUAAUGGCGGAUACCAACAGUGACCGGCUCUUCACAGUGAAUGAUGUCAAGGUUGGAGGCUCCAAGUACGGCAUCAUCAGCCUGCGUGGUCUGAAGACCCCCACACUCAGGGUGCAUAUGCACGAAAACCUCUACUUCACCAACCGGAAGGUGAACUCUGUGUGCUGGGCCUCGCUGAACCACUUGGAUUCUCACAUUCUGCUGUGCCUCAUGGGAAUUGCAGAGACUCCAGGCUGUGCCACCCUGCUCCCAGCGUCACUGUUCGUCAAUAGUCAUCCAGCAGGAGACCGGCCUGGCAUGCUCUGCAGUUUCCGGAUCCCUGGGGCCUGGUCCUGUGCAUGGUCCUCAAACAUCCAGGCCAAUAACUGCUUCAGCACAGGCUUGUCUCGGUGGGUCCUGGUGACCAACGUGGUGACGGGACACCGGCUGUCAUUCGGGACGAGCAGUGAUGUCUUGGCCCAGCAGUUUGCUGUCAUGACUCCUUUGCUGUUUAAUGGCUGUCGCUCUGGGGAGAUCUUUGCCAUUGAUAUUCGAUGUCGAAAUCAAGGCAAUAACUGGAAGGCCAUUAGCCUGUUCCACGACACAUCGGUGACAUCUCUGAAAAUCCUCCAGGAAGAGCAGUGCCUGGUGGCAUCCGACAUGGCUGGAAAGAUCAAGCUGUGGGACCUGAGGACCACUAAGUGUGUAAGGCAGUACGAAGGUCACGUGAACGAGUACGCCCUCCUGCCCCUGCACGUGCACGAAGAAGAAGGAAUCCUGGUGGCCGUGGGCCAGGACUGCUACACGAGAAUCUGGAGCCUCCACGAUACCCACCUGCUCAGAACCAUACCCUCCCCACAUCCCACCUCCAGGACCAACAUUCCCAGUGUGGCCUUCUCUUCCCGGCUUGGGGGCGUGCGGGGAGCGCCGGGGCUGCUCAUGGCCGUCCAGCAGGACCUUUACUACUUCCCUUACAGCUAAUUCUGCAGAGAGCAGCCUGCAGGGAUGUGGAUUUGACUGAAUGGAGUAAAGAGUAGCCAUACCUCUGCCAUAAUUGCUGUUUCCAGUGAAGGCAUUUUAAAUGGAUGCUCCGUAUGCACAGAUCCCAUCCAUCCAGCUGCUGGGGACAUGAAGGUGCUAUGUUUUAUGUGGAGACACUUUAGUAAUGUUAUGUCAGUUAAGUUGUGGGCUCAGAGAGCUUUAAAGUCCUUUUCAUAAAAGGUACCUAUUUCCUUUUGUUGAAUUCCUUAAAAUAGUCCCUUCCCCCCUUUUAUAAAACAAAAAUUACUUUUUCUAAGGGCUGAAGACUAGCAAUACCUAAAUUAAAGCUUCUUUCACCAAAAGCCCUUUCAAGAAGCCUAAUGAGACUGUGAGGGUAGUCAGUGCCUGGGUCCCAAGAAGACAUGCAUCUGCACUUGAGAACGCCAGCUGGAGAGAAGGGGGAGAGGAAAGUCCUUUUUCUCGAGUUUCUAGAGAAAGAUUUAAGGCUGGAGUUUGGCCUUCUCACACUCAGUAUAGGAACAAGUGUUUGGGACUCUCCUUUUCUUACUCACAGGCAUUGGACAGAACGGUGGAUCGCUUUAGAUGCUAGAGGUUUUAGGCAGGCCUUCGCAGGCCUUUUGUUGAGGCGUCCUCCAAAAUGUUAGACACAGCAGCUCCUGUUUCUAUCAUGGUGACUUGAAUGUCAGAUUCAAGGGCCCCAUUUCAAAGAAAAUAGGCUUUGACUUUUUUACAGUCUAAGAUAAGCAGUUUGUGAGAUGUUUAUACCAAAUGUUAAAGAGCAUGUCUUUCUACCAAACAAUAAACCAGAAAGAACCUUG